UAAAACGAAAUCUCAAAAACACGUAGCUCUUUCAGUUUUACUUCUAAAAAAGCUUUAGUUAAGGAAUGGAGGAUUGUUUUCUGAGUAGAGGUUGAGUUUUGCUUGCGAAUCCUUGUGAUUUUGGUAUCUUGAUAAGUAAAAUGAAUGAUAAAAAUAUUCUUAUGACACAAUCAUAAGCAUGUGUCUAGUAAUCUUUUUUCCCACACAUAAGACCGUCAACAGAGGAUCUUAUGGUACCAACAAUAUAGUCGGGUGAGAGGAGAUGACUCAGCACUGUAACCAUAGCUGUGUGAUUCCUCUAACCGUCCAUUAAAACUACUGUGAAAAAUAAUCUGGUAUAAGGGUAUCUCUUGGGACGUUGGCCACCAGGGUAAUCACCUCUGAAUGCAGAUGUGUACCUUGAGCACUUGUUAUCCCACUUGAAGAGCAAAGGCUUUCUGAAAAGAAACCAUAAGAGGACAAUCGAAGAGACACGGAUUUUAUAGACCUAGGACGUCGCUAGUGUGCACUUGUUCUCAUCAUUAUCUGGACUCGGCCCCACUUGUUAUGUGGCAGCGACAGGGCUGCGGUGGCGAGCGGAGCAGAGCCGGGGCUCAGGAGCUCCAUCCAGGAGGGAUGUCGCAGACAGAGCCCUCCAGCAAUCAGCAGGACUCUGAGGCACUACAGCAGGAGCGGAUGAAGGCAGUUCCACGGCGUAGCAGCAUAAUAAAGGACCACACAGUGCAGAAGGCUGGUUCUGGACGGAAGAAGACCGUAUCCUUCAGCAGCAUGUCCUCAGAGAAGAAGGUGAGCAGUGUGGCAGACUGCCUGGCAUUCAUGCAAGGUGGCUGUGAGCUAAAGAAGGUGCGUCCAAACUCCCGCAUCUACUGCCGCUUCUACACCUUAGACCCAGACUCAACCUGCCUGUGCUGGGAGCCCUCUAAGAAGAACAGUGAGCGUGCACGCCUACAGAUCAGCAAAAUCCAUGAAGUGCGCACAGGCAAGACCACUGACACCUUUCGACACCAUGGUCCUGCUGAGCAGCUGCCUGAGGAGGCUGCCUUUUCCAUCAUCCACGGUGAUGGAUACCAGUCCCUUGACCUUGUGGCACUUUCACCUGAUGUGGCCAACAUCUGGGUGACAGGUCUAUGCUACCUGGUGACUCAACCAGAACAUGCCCAUGGAGGGGGCCCAGAAGACAGCCUUGGAAGUAAGAUACGGUACGACUGGCUGGCUGCCGAGUUUGGCAAGAGCGAUGAGGAUGGCAAUGGCAUUGUGUCCGAAGACACAGCUGUUGCGACCAUCUGCAGACUUUGUCCUGGAACUAAGGAGGCCAAGGUCCGCCUAAAGUUUAAAGAGAUGCAACGCAGUAAGGAGAAGCUGACCUCCCAUGUGACCCUUGAGGAGUUCCAGGAGGCAUACUGCGAGCUUUGCACAAGACCUGAGGUGUAUUUUUUGCUGGUGCAGCUCUCCCAGGACCGUGAAUGCCUACACGCACAAGACCUACAACUCUUCCUAGAGACGGAGCAGGGAGUGGCUCAUACCACAGCUGAAGGUUGCCUGGCCAUUGUGAAGCAGUUUGAGCCAUCUGCGCUAGGCCGGGAACAAGGGAUACUGAGCCUUGAUGGCUUGGCUCGCUACCUGCAGUCACCAGAGUGCCACCUGUUUGAUCCUGAGCACCAGCACGUGUGCCAGAACAUGAGCUUGCCACUCCCCCACUAUUAUAUCAGUGCAUCUUACCAUUAUCUGUCGGAGGACCAUCUCCAUAGGGGGGACAGCUUAGAGGGCUUGAUGAAAGCCCUGCAAGUUGGUUGUCGCUGCUUGGAACUGAGUGUUAGAGACGGACCCGAGAAUGAGCCUGUGCUGUGGCUGGGCCAUGGUUCUGGCCUACAAAACUCUGACAAAACACCUACACCACCCACCACUGCAUGUAGUGCCCUGGAAUUUGUAAACAAAUAUGCCUUCUUGACUUCACCUUACCCACUGCUGAUCCUCUUGAGCCAUCAAUGUUCUUCAGCCCAGCAACAAGUCCUCGCAGAACAUUUACAAAGGGUGUUUGGAACCCGCCUCUACAUCCCUGCAGUUCCAUCUGCUAUAGGAAAAGUGGGGUUUGCAGCUGUUCUUCCCUCUCCAGAAGAACUGAAAGGGCGGGUGUUGCUGGUAGGUAAGAAGCUUCCAGAGGAAGAGGAGGGUUCAGAAGGUGAAGUAUCAGAGGAAGAGGAGGAUAUUUUAGGAGGAGCACCACCGGAUGACCGGCAGAUGUCUUUCCCUGAAGAGGAGGAGAUGGGUGUUGCCCUGAGAAAUUUGUCACUCCAAAGGCCCCGCCACUUUCACCUUCGUAAGGAGCUGUCUGACCUGGUGGCCUUGAGGCAUUCUGGAAUAGCCUACUUCUGUAACCACAGAGCCAAGCAAAAGAGGUCUACCACCCCCAGCAGUGUGCUAGUUUCCCCCAACGCCACUACCCCUCAGAACACCACGUAUUGGACUCUCUGCUCCCUGGGAAAAGUACAGGCAAACAGAAUGGCAAGUGAAAUUCCAAAGGACCUGGUGGCCUUCACCCAAACAGCAUUGAUACGGGUACCGCCCAGUUUACCGCAUGAGGACUCCAGCAACCUCAGUCUGCAGGAGUUCUGGAUGCUAGGCUGUCAGCUGGUGGCACUCAACAGGCAGAGCCCUGGGGCUAUGCUAGACUUGGACCGAGCUCGCUUCACCCAGAACGGAGGCUGUGGCUUUGUUCUUUGCCCCACAAUCUUUCGGGAGGAUGUCUCCAACUUCACUGCCAACUCCCAAGGCUUUGUGCCUGGCAUGCCAGCCCAGACCCUGCGUGUCAAAGUGAUCAGUGCUCAAAAUCUGCCUAAACCUCAAGGAUCAGAUACUAAGAAUAAUGUCAUUAAUCCUUACGUGGUGCUAGAGAUGCAUGGUGUGCCUGCUGAUUAUGCUGAGCAGCACACCCACACCGCUGGCCAGGACAGCCCACUCUUUGAUGAGACCUUUGAGUUCCAGGUAAACAUGCCGGAGCUGGCCAUCCUACGCUUUGUUGUGCUGGAUGACAGCUGCACCAGUGAUGACUUCAUUGGUCAAUACAGUGUCGUCUUUGAGUGCAUCCAGCCCGGUUACCGCACUGUACCUCUCCUUGGUCGGGAAGGAGAUGUACUGCCAUGCACCAGCCUGUUCAUCCACGUGACCAUCACCAACCGUCGUGGCGGGGGCAAGGCCCAUGCAAAGAGCUUAUCAGUUUUAAGGGGUUCACACCAAGACCGCGAGUAUGUAACCCUGCGCAAUGUGGGCAUCAAGCUUUUGGAUGACAGUUUUUGUGCUGCAAAAGAAUCCCUUACAGAGGCCAUAGAGCUACGGGUAAACGUCCAGAGCGCCACAGUCAGUUUGAAAGAGCAGUGUGGGCUGCCCCCAGUAGCUAAUAUGAAGCAGUGCAUCCAGAUCUUAGCCUCCCGCCUCCAAGGUCCUGAGGGGUUCCCGGCUGCCAGCCUGGUCCUGAGAGAUGGCUACCCGUACCUAGAUACACCAGGGAACGUGCCUGAAGGUGUACACAGACUACUCACCACCUACGAAGCAGUGAUUUCAGCACACAAGCAGCUGGUUGAGAAUGCUGAUGGGCUACAGGACCAGAUCUCAGAGGUGGUGAAAAAAGGAAUGGAACUCCACAAGGACCUGGCAAAGCUGGGACAGAAAGAGGGAAUGAGGGGAUAUAGGCAAUGCAAGGCAGUAGAGAAUUUUACCUGGAACAUCAUCAUUCUGAAGGGACAAUGUGAUCUAUUGCAAAGAGCCAAAAUGGUUGCACUGGACUCCCUGCAACAAAUAACCUUGGCAGCAGAAGCAUGUGGACUGAAAGUCACCCUUGACUCCUUCUGCAUGUCCUCUCAGCACUCCAGUUAUAGCAGCCAGUACCUCCUGGGGAAUGCACAGGAGAAUGGGUGCGUUUGAGCUUACUCCUAUAGUCCAAUGGGACAGCAAGAGAAAGGGUGGGGGUCACCUGGUCCUAAAAUAUACCUUUCAGAUGAAUGUGAAACUACAAGCAUUAGAUACAUUAUCCAUUGCUCAACAGAAAAAAGCCUACCCUAACUUCAUGUGUUUUCCCCCAGUAUAGUCAUGGCUAAUGACCAUAUUCUUAUGUUUUUUUCACCUAAUAAUACCAUACUCACACAAUGUAUGAAGAAGCUAACAUUAGGACACACUUCCUUCUGCGUGCUACAGAAAAUUGACUCAACCACACCAGUGUAGGCGUAUGACCAUAGCAAGAGGAUGGUCACCAGAUGGUCAAGUGUUCAACACGUCUUCACCACAUACUGCACGUUAAGCAUUUCAUAUUUAGAAUUUUCCAUGCUGAGAGAUUGAAUGGCAGAAUUAGAUCUGCACUCACCUUCCACUUGAUUUAGAUUUACAUUUAUUCAGUUAGCAAGUUCUUUUCACCAAAGUGAAAUCAACUCAGAGUAAACAAUUUUACAACCUCCAGAGAGUAGUAAAAUAAUGUACCCGAAACAAAAAGGAGAGUAGAUGCAGAGAAACAAUCAAAGCACAGUUAGUUUGACUAGUACUACUCCUAUAUCGCUAUUUUUGUUAGUGCACUUUACACUAGUUGCUACAUGUAAAACUGAAAGGGAAUACAAAGUUGGGUGAGACAGAUGAAGAAAAUUUCUGGAGCAGUUGGGAGAUCGGGAGAGAAGUGGUCCAAAAGAGAUGUGUUUUUAGGUGUUUCUUGAGUGUCCCACAUUUUAUCCAACACCUAUGGACCUUUGAACUCUUGAGUGUGUGACCAUCAAGUAGUAAGAGGUGGAAAAUUGUAGUGGUCUUGUUGAGGUAUAGGGAGUGAGCAGACCCUGUAGUACUCAUAAGAUCCUUGACCAGGGUCUUUUAUUUAAUGUCAAAAGCCAUAGGAAGCCAGUAGAGAAAGCAUAUAUGGGGAAUACUCUAGCAGGUCAAACAAAACUCAUGCAUCCUGGAUCAGAUGGACAGGCUUGAUGGCAGAAGCUAGAAUACAGACAGGAGGAAGCUGCAGUAGUCCAAGCUGAAUAACCCUAUUGUCAGGGCUAGUAGUUUUCUAAAGUGUGUUGAGAAAUAUGGGCAAAUCCUGCAAAUGUGACAGAGGAGGGGUCUGCAGGGUUGGGUUAUGACUUCAGUGUGUUGGGAGAAGCAGAAGUGGAUUUUUACUCUCAGGAUCUUGACUGAUGAAGCAGGUGAACAGAAUAUAUUCAUCUUAGCAGUCAUACGAGAACCCGUGAAAGGUGAUAACACAGCCAGGGAAAAAGGGAGCCAUGCCAAACCACCAGGUAAUAUCUAACUACUAACUACUACCUGGUAAUACUCAAUCUGUGUCAGAGUUCCGUCUCAGUACAAUGGCCAUUCAUGAGUGAUACGGACAUACAUACAGUGCUGCUUGAAAGCACGUGAACCCUAGAUCAUAAAAUAUUAAAAUAAACUU